GGUUAACGUUUUGUUAUUUUUUACUAUGUAGAUUUUUCAAUACUCCAUACUGCAAAUACUCUGCCCUGAUAAUUGUGCACAAUAAAAGAAGAAACCAUUGCUUGGUUUCUUUUCUUUUGUAACAAAGUGCUUUACUAUGAAUAUCGAAGCUGUGUUAAACGAUGUAACUACUGAAUUAAAACCAUUAACAAGUACUCUUCCAUUUAAUGAAAAACAACUGGAGAAUAUAAUCGUAACAGAACUUGUAAAUAUUACAGAAUCAUUUUCUUGGGGUAUUUCUCGAGCGGUUCUACUGACGGAACUUGAACAAAAACUAUUGAAUAAUUAUUUACUGAAUAACGGAUUUUCAAGUUUCAUUUCCACUGAUAGAGAUCCAUUCCAUUAUGUCAUUAAAGCACUAUGCUAUAAAAUAGAAUUUGGUGAUUUUUCCAAAUUAUAUCUGAAAGACAUGCAGUCUUCAACGGAAGGUCGAUUGACAGUUCACUCCAAUUUCUUUCUUUAUUUUCAUCCUCCUUAUGAUAUCUUAAUUGAUUCCCAAGUGCGUUUUACGAAUGCUCCACUUUACCCAAUAUGCUCCAUUCACGAGAGCAGUAUACUUAAUUUCCUUCCGACACAAUUGUUUAUACCGAUAAUGAACACUACUAUGUUCCAGGAAUGGUUGGAGAAAACAAAAGACCUAAAUGAAUUAGAGUAUACUGUCUUUUUAAUCACUGACAUUUACCAUGAAGAUGUAAAUCAACCAUCUGGAGGUUCGAGGGUUUGUCUGAAAGAAUUGCAUGGUAGGAAUCUACAGGAAUUGUUAAAUACUCGAAACGCAUCGGACUAUGUCACUUUGACAUUUCGUCGCGCCUUUCGAGACUACGUGCGUCUUUUGAACAUUGGCGAAUUGCUUGUUAUUCCUAAUUGGAAAACCGUAUGGGAACAAACGACUGAGUGGUUUUCGGGAAUGGUGGCUUUUGUUGUUGAACAGCCAGAAACCAAACUGAAAGAAAAUGCAAGUUAUGUAUGGGUUUCUGGUCGAGUGACGAAAAUUACAAGAACAAGCAUGUUCCUUGAUAGUCUUUCAUCCUCAAAAAAGAGGGUAAUGAUCCAAUAUCCAGCUACCAACAAUUUGGGUAUCCACAGUUGUCAGCGGGGGGAUCUUGUCUUUUUUAAUAAUCUUAUAUUGGAAGAGAACAGCAUGGAAGUUACAAGCGAGAGCUCUCUUAAAAUAGUCUCAAACUUCCAUGCGCCGCUAGUCUCAUCUUGCUUAAGAAACCCUAUACCAAAUCAAAAACGCUUAUCAAUGGGUGAUUCUGGACAUGUUCGUGUUCGGUUUGUUGAUGUUGCCUUACAAAAAUUAGUUUCGCUUCACACAGACUGUUCUCAACCCCUGGCAAAGACUGAGAAAACAAGUGUGUGUAAUGUUUGUCAAAAAGAUGUAGCGGAUGAAGAAAUUAUAAGAAAACCUAUCUUUUUGUGUACUUUAUUAACCGAAAGUGAAUUUGAGUUUUCAGCGCUUGCGAGAAUUGGUUUGCUUGAAACUCUUUUUUCAGAGUUGCGUUAUUUAGAGGCACCCUAUACUGAAGAUGCGAAAGAAGCAUUUCGGUCAUUAAAGGAUCAUGUCACAUUUACCGAAUUCCGCAAUGCUGAUAUUUACGUAAACCCAUUAGGUGAGGUUCAGCUUCAGAAAGUUGAAAUUGUGUAAGGACUUACUACGGAAUGUGACAUACGUAUUCAUAAAUCCCGUGGUUUUGUUUUUCUUUUUAAUAGAAAGCUCCACUUUUCUGUAUGCAAUUUCAUUCACAUUGUUAAAACUGGCGCUUUUAAACUUAAUUCGGAAAAAUAGACAUGGCCCUAAGGCAAAACAGAAGUCGUAUGAAGAUGCUAAGGAGCUAGUAAAUAGCAUUACCACGGUGAA